ACUCAAAUUUGGGAGCCCUAUCUGGAUGAGGCUCCAAAAAAUAGCAAGAUUCUUAUUAUUUUACAUGAUAAUUUGUUAUUCAGUAAGAGUUUUGUUAAAUUCUUAAUUAAUAAGUUUCUUACAAAAGAAUGUAUUAUCUUAUCAAAAAUUAAGUUUUUUAUUAUUUAACAAAUGUCUUAUUAUAUUUAAAAAUAAUUAGUUUUUUAUUAAAUAAUAAUUUUUUAUUUUAUUUCACAAAGGUAGUUGACUCGAAGUCAUUCGACACACUAUGACAUGACAUGCUCUAAUUGAUCUCUGCAAACUUCCCUUUUAAGGAGGCCCCGGGCAUGAGAUUAUCUUUUCCUAAAUACUUGGAUAUUUGGAUUUAAUGAUUGAAGGUCCUAUCAUUUGUUGAUGAUACUGAAGAAUCAUCAAUCGUUGUUGCCUGUUUCCUGCAUGCUUGGUGGUAACUUGGGGUCCAGGUGGUCAGUUUCUGUCCGAGUUUUUGGCUGAUUUCCUCUGAGAGCUGCUGUACUGUUGGAAGUUCGUGUAGAGCCGGUGACUGAAGACUGAGGAGAAUGGAGACUACAGACGAUGCUAAUGGAGUUCCGGCUUCGUGCCAGUUGCCCAAGAAGCUAGACCACUACGAUGAGGUGAACGAUUCUCCCAUCGAGCAAGUACGGUUGACUGUCCCGAUAACGGAUGAUCCGACCUUGUCCUGCUUGACGUUCCGAACAUGGGUUCUGGGCCUGAUCUCCUGCUCCCUUCUUGCCUUCGUGAACCAGUUCUUUGGGUACCGCCAGAAUGCCCUCUAUGUAUCAUCGCUCUCUGCCCAAAUUGUGGUGCUUCCUUUGGGAAAUCUCAUGGCGGCAACUCUGCCAAAAAAGGCACUCCAGCUACCAGGAACCAAAUGGUCAUUUUCCCUGAACCCGGGGCCUUUCAACUUAAAAGAACAUGUCCUCAUCACGAUAUUUGCAAACACGGGCUCAAAUUCCGUGUAUGCAUUGGGCAUUAUAACCAUAAUCAAGGCAUUCUAUGUUCGUCCAAUUAGUCCCGUGGCAGCUCUGAUGCUAUCCCAAACAACACAGAUGCUUGGAUUUGGAUGGGCGGGAAUGUUCCGAAAGUUCCUAGUCGAUUCACCGUACAUGUGGUGGCCUGCAAACUUGGUUCAAGUCUCUCUCUUCAGGGCGCUGCACGAGAAGGAGAAGAGGCCUAAAGGACGCUUGACGAGGCUGCAGUUUUUCCUUGUGGUCCUUACGUCAAGCUUCGCGUACUAUAUUGUUCCCAACUAUUUUUUUCCAUCCAUUACUGCCCUCUCCUUCGUGUGUUGGAUAUGGAAAGACUCGGUAACUGCCCAGCAGAUUGGGUCGGGGCUUCGUGGGCUUGGGGUCGGCUCAUUUGCCCUUGACUGGUCCACUGUCGCAGCCUUCCUAGGAUCCCCCUUGGGUACACCCGGCUUUGCAAUCAUCAACACAAUGGUGGGCUUCUUCAUAGUGCUCUACAUCGCAGUACCAAUCUGUUAUUGGAGUAAUGUAUUUGAAGCGAAGAGGUUCCCUAUUUACUCAUCCCACGUGUUCGAUAUCAACGGUGCACCAUACAAUGUAUCCAGAAUUUUGAAUGAAGCGACCUUCAAAUUCGAUCAAGCAGGAUAUGAUUCAUAUAGCAGGAUUCAUCUCAGUAUCAUGUUUGCGUUCACUUAUGGGAUAAGUUUCGCGACUUUAGCCGCUACAAUAUCUCAUGUCGCCCUCUUCCAUGGCAGGUCCAUUUGGCAACAGACAAAGGUGGCAUUUCAGGACCAAUUUGAAGAUGUCCACACGAGAAUAAUGAAGAGGAACUAUGAGCCUGUCCCUCAGUGGUGGUUCUACUCGCUUUUGCUAGUAAACAUAGCCCUUGCGUUGGUCGCUUGUGAAGGAUUUGGCCGACAGCUUCAACUUCCAUACUGGGGGGUCCUCCUAGCAGUCGGUUUAGCUUUAUUCUUCAUGCUGCCAGUCGGUGUCAUUACUGCUACCACGAACUUGCAAGUUGGAUUAAAUGUCAUAACGGAGCUCAUAAUAGGAUACAUGUACCCAGGAAGACCACUCGCGAAUGUCACCUUCAAAACCUAUGGUUACAUGAGCUUGUCACAGGCAAUAAUGUUCCUCGGGGAUUUUAAGCUUGGACAUUACAUGAAAAUCCCUCCGAAGUCGAUGUUUAUGGUUCAGUUAAUUGGGACCAUUGUAUCGACCUCCGUCUACUUCGGCACAGGGUGGUGGCUCCUUACAACAGAGGACAAUAUCUGCAAUCCAGCAAAGCUGCCUAAGGGGAGCCCCUGGACGUGCCCAGGAGACGACGUCUUCUAUAACGCAUCAAUCAUUUGGGGAGUGGUGGGUCCACUGAGGAUGUUUGGGAAGCUCGGAGUUUACUACAAGAUGAACUACUUCUUCCUCUUCGGCCUCCUUGCUCCAGUUCCUGUCUGGUACCUCUCCCGGAAGUUCCCGGAGAAGAAGUGGAUCAGGCUGAUCAACAUGCCCGUGCUUAUAAGUGGGGCCGGUGGCAUGCCUCCUGCAAGGGCAGUCAACUACAUCUGUUGGGGAUUUGUGGGGAUCUUCUUCAACAUCUAUAUAUACAACAGACACAAGGGGUGGUGGGCUCGCCACAACUAUAUUCUAUCAGCGAGUCUCGAUGCAGGAGUCGCUUUCAUGGCGAUACUCUCGUACUUCGCAUUGCAGAUGAAAGAUAUCAACGGAGUGAGCUGGUGGGGUAUGGCAUUAGACGAUCACUGCCCUUUAGCGAAAUGCCCGACUGCUCCUGGGAUCAAGGUCGAAGGUUGUCCUGUUUUUUAGUGACUAAAUCGAAUCCAAAGAUUCUUUUCCAUUUGGAUGCCAUGAAGAGCAAACCCUGCUGGUUUGGGACUUUUCAAAAUACGCAUGCCGAAGUGUAGAAGGAAAACUUUUUUGACUCUAUGAUCUGUAGGUAUGGCCGCUAUAUUGUAACAGUUGGUUUCAGUUAAGCAACGAAUUUGGACUAAUAUGUGAAACUGGGCAACACUAAUUGAAAACCGGGACAUAUUGCGUA